AUGAGACAAUCACAAACCACCGUUGCCACCCUAGCGACCAGAUCUGCGCCUGCAGCCCCAGCGCCCGUGUCGACAGGGCGAGUCUCGAGACUUCCCCCCUUACUCAACCGAAGCUCGACGGGGUAUACAUUUAGCACAGUACCGACAAUCAACAAUGCCACCCGAAGCGCCAACCGCAGGCCGGUGACCGUGAUGAUCACGCCGGUAGAGCCCGAGGAGGAUCGGGAGGGUACCGUCGAAGCCGCUGCCGGGGAACACAGACAACAUGACAAUCACACCGACCCCUGCUGGAGCUGUCUCCCUGUGGGUGCCACCAGGCGCUCUUUGCGGGAGAAGGGAGUAGCUGUGGCGGAGAAGCUCUGGGCUUACGAGGACUCUCAACCGCAGAUCCAGUCAACCAGCAGCAUACAGCCCCCAUUGCCUUUGACCGACAUCGAGAUCCUGCAGGGCAUCGCCGUAGUCGACGCGGGCUGGUCCAAGAAAAGAAUCAAUUCCGGCGCGCCCGUGAGCGAGGACCUGUUCGCGCGCUACUUCUUCGACGUAUGGAAUCGGCUCGCCCGCCGCGAGGAGACCGAGGGCGCGUACGAUCCCCACGGCGAGCUCUUCUUUAUGGUCGAGGCCUACAAAGCCCGUAACCCCACGCCCAGAGACGACCGCAGAUACGUGCCCGCCAACGAGAUCAGCUGGCAGUGUUACGCCAAGGUGGCUGGGGAGAACACUAAGAACCUCAAGCUGAUCUUGUUGAUGGACAUUAAUAACAAGGGUUUCUGGAGCAUCACUGCCCAUAACUAUGAGGAGGUAGGGAAGUCAACAGACGAGAUAGCUGUUUGGGAACGAGGGGAUGACAGCGAUUCACUUAAACGAUUCGAGCGCUUUCUGGGCGGCGACAUCAUGAAUGGCAUCUUGCUCGCCCUAGCCAACCAUCACAACGCGAUUGGUGAUAAGACCAUUUCAAAGAUCAUCACCAUUUCUGGUAGUCUAUCAAAGCAAAAGCAGUUUGUUGCGGCUCUGGCCCUAGAAAAAUAA